UAUAUCAGAAAUAAAAGAGGACCACGUCUGUCCUCUCUCUCUCUCCACCAUCCCGUCUUCAACUUUCCUUUCUUUGCCCUUCUUCUCUUCUGUUCUGACAUCGAACUCUGCUUUACAGUACGCCAUUUUCAUGGAACGUCCACUUCAUCACACUCAUUUCUCUCUCUCUUCACUAUUUCAUUUUCCUCAUACAUGAAUUCCUUCCUUCAAUUUCCAUUCCACUACCCUUUCCCCUCUGAUUUUGCCGCUUCAAUCAUGAAUUCGUCGUCGCUGUCCAAGUUCGAGGCAGACGAGCCACUCACUCCGGCCGGCCGCCUCUUUCUCCGACCUGAAAUCAAUCAGAUUAUUCACUGCGUCGUUGGACUACAGAACUCGAUCGAUAUCGAUUCCGUUAAAUCACAAAUCGCCGAUUCCGUCAUGAUUCAACACCCUAGGUUUUCGAGUCUUCUUGUUCGUGACCGCAACGGCGUUGAGUAUUGGCGGAGGACUUCGAUCGAAAUCGACCGCCACGUCAUCGUCGUUGCCGAACGAGUAUCGGAUGAAGGAGUUGACGAUGAGAAGGCGGUGAACCAGUAUCUGGCUGAUUUAGCGAUUUCUCCCUCGAUGGAUGCCGAUAAACCUCUUUGGGAGAUUCAUUUGCUUUUGGCGCAUAACUGUGCGGUUUUUCGAAUCCAUCACGCGCUUGGCGACGGAAUCUCGUUGAUGUCGAUGUUCUUGACGUGCUGCCGGCGGGCUGAUGAUCCGAACGCGCUUCCGACGAUUGUUUCGAAUUCGAAGGCGGUGAGGAGAAACAUGCGGCAGAGGAGUUGGGCGGACGAAAUACCGAAGAUGUUGUUGGAGUUUUUGUUUGCGGUGUGGUUUAGCUUCUGGUUUGUGGCGGAGUUUAUACUGAGAGCUCUGUGGGUUUCUGAUCGGAAAACGCCGAUCUCCGGUGGGGAUGGGGUGGAGCUCUGGCCGAGGAAAGUGGCGACGGCGAAGUUCGCGGUGGAGGAUAUGAAAGCGGUAAAGAAAGCGGUUCCGAACGCGACAAUAAAUGAUAUUCUAUUCAGCGUGAUAGGAGCAGGCUUAUCGAGGUACUUGGAGCAUAGACAACCUAAGGGUUUGAAAGAAGGGCUUCAAUUAACUGGAGUAGCUAUGGUUAAUCUUAGAGAACAACCAGGAUUGCAGGAUUUAACGAAUAUGAUGAAAGGAAAUAGGGGAUCUCGAUGGGGUAACAAGUUAGGGGUCCUUCUCCUUCCUGUAAACUGUCACAAGAAAAUGCUCGACCCUCUUCAAUAUGUCAAGAAAACAAAGAAAUUGCUUGACCGAAAGAAACGUACCUUGGAAGCACAUUUUUCAUAUGGAAUUGGCAAGCUCGUAAUGUCCUGUUUAGGACCAAAGGUCGCUUGCAUCCUUAAUUAUAGGAUUGUUUGCAAUACAAGUUUCACUAUCUCCAAUGUGAUUGGCCCAAGAGAAGAGAUUACCAUUGGAGGCAAUCCCGUUACAUACAUUAGAGCCACUUCAACUAGCUUGUCCCAUGCAUUAACGAUGCAUAUGAUGAGCUAUGCUGGAAGAGCUGAAAUGCAAAUUCUGGUGGCCAAAGAUAUCAUUCCUGAUCCUGAAUUUCUUGCUGAAUGCUUUGAGAACGCCUUACUUGAAAUGAAAACAUCAGCAGAAGUAUUCAACACAAAAUAGCGUAUGAUGGUUGAUCUAUUGACUAAAUUUAAUUUUCUAUUGGUUUAUACAUCAUUUAACCGAAGAAAAGCUAAUAGAUUGGUAAUUCAUGGUUUAUAAAUGCCAUUUUUUUUUUCAUGGGGUAAAAAAGGAAAAUAUUAUACUC